UUUAUUUUUAUUCCGCCUCUUCUGUGCUGCUUCUUCGACCUCAAAUCUUUUCUCCAGUUUUUACACUUCUCUCUCUAUCUAAACCUCAGCAGCAGUUUCUUUCCGCCAUUGACGAAAAUCUGUUAUUUGUUUCAGCUGCUGAAGUUGAAGGAGUGUGCAGAGAGUUGUGGAGUGAGAAAUGGCGUCGAGCGCGAGUGAGGUGUCUGGAAUUGGAAGGUCUUUGGAGGGGAUUUCAAGUGGGCAGCUAAGCCGAUCUGGGGAAUUAAUAGCAGAGUGGCGGUCUUCCGAGCAGGUGGAAAAUGGAACCCCAUCAACUUCUCCUCCUUACUGGGAAACUGACGACGACGACUGUGGGCCAAAACCUGCUGAGUUAUACGUAAAAUAUACGUGGAAGAUAGACAAAUUCUCGGAGAUCAACCAGAGAGAGCUUCGUAGUGACCCAUUUGAUGUUGGUGGCUACAAAUGGUACAUUUUAAUUUAUCCCCAAGGUUGUGAUGUCUGUAAUCAUCUUUCUUUGUUUCUGUGUGUUGCUAAUCACGACAAGCUUCUUCCAGGUUGGAGUCAUUUUGCACAGUUCACAAUAGCUGUGGUGAAUAAAGAUCACAAAAAAUCUAAAUAUUCUGACACAUUACAUCGAUUCUGGAAGAAAGAGCAUGACUGGGGAUGGAAAAAGUUUAUGGAGCUAUCAAAAGUGUCUGAUGGUUUUAUAGAUGAUAAUACUCUCAUUAUUAAAGCUCAAGUACAAGUUAUCAGGGAGAGAGCAGACCGUCCCUUUCGUUGCCUUGAUUGUCAGUAUAGGACAGAACUUGUUCGGGUAUAUUUGACGAAUGUAGAGCAAAUUUGCCGUCGUUUUGUGGAAGAGCGAAGAGGCAAGCUUGAAAAAUUGAUAGAAGAUAAAGAUAGAUGGUCAAGCUUCUGUGCUUUCUGGCUUGGAGUUGACCAAAAUACUAGACGUCGCAUGUCCAGAGAGAAAACAGAUGCAAUUUUAAAAGUUGUUCUGAAGCACUUCUUUAUAGAGAAGGAAGUCACAUCUACUUUGGUAAUGGAUUCUUUGUACAGUGGAUUGAAGGCUCUUGAAGGCCACACCAAGCGCAAGAAAGGUGGGACAAAAUUAUUAGAGGCUGAGGAAAUGCCAGUUCCUAUUGUUCGUGUGGAGAAAGAUAUGUUUGUCUUGGUGGAUGAUGUGUUACUAUUACUUGAGAGGGCUGCCAUGGAACCCUUGCCUCCAAAAGAUGAGAAGGGUCCUCAGAACCGUACAAAAGAUGGGGGUUGUGGAGAGGACUUCAAUAAGGAUUCCAUUGAACGGGAUGAAAGGCGUCUUAUGGAACUGGGUCGUAGGACUAUUGAAAUAUUUGUCCUUGCUCAUAUUUUCAGCAGCAAAAUCGAGGUUGCAUACCAUGAGGCUGUUGCUUUGAAGAGACAAGAGGAGCUCAUCCGUGAAGAAGAGGCAGCAUGGAUGGCUGAAACUGAGCAGAAAGCAAAACGUGGUGUGGUGGAAAAGGAAAAGAAAUCAAAGAAAAAGCAGGGUAAACAGAAACGAAAUAAUCGCAAAGGUAAGGAUAAAGGAAAGGAUGAAAUGUCUGGUGUUGCAGUGCAAGACAAGCUCCAACAAGAUGACCUUAGUGAUGAAACAAAAGACUUGUUGAUUGAGCAGGCAGAAACUCUGCUUGAAAAGCCUGAUAAGCUGGAAGAUGUUUCUGAUGCGUCGGAUUCAGUAGAUUGUGUUCUUGACAUACUUCAGCCUGAUUCAGAAGACAGAGAUGCUAGUCCUGUCAGUUGGGAUACUGACGCAUCUGAAGUUCAACCUCCCAUAGAAGCCAGUAGCAAUGGGAUAAGUUCCAUUUCGUCCGUACAUAAUGGGAUGAGAGAAAGGCAGAGCCCAUCUCUAAUUGAUGAUAGUUCAUCAACCUGUUCCACAGAUUCAGUCCCAUCAGUGGUAACGAAUGGGCUUUACAAUGGGAAUUCAAUUCGACACCAAAAAAGCCAAAAAUCUCCAAGCAGGGAAAUGAGUGACCGAGUCAAAGUGACAUGUGAUGCAACUAGUUUGGUCAAUGAAACACACAGUCAGCCAUCCAAAUCUUCAAAAGAAGUGGGGCUGCCAAGUGAUGUAUCUGAGAGUUGCAAGGUGGCUGAAUCAGAGUCUGGGUCUGUUGUACUCUCUUUGCAGGAUCGGAAAAAGUGGCUUGAGCGACAUGUGGUGAAGAAGGAAGAAGAAGUCUUUUCUCUUCAGAGGGAACUGAGCAUCAAAGAUCGGGCUGAUAUUGAAAAAUCUUCCACCAAUGGAAGGAGAGUAGCGUUGCCAACCUCUCCCAGGAGUACCCCUGAGAAGCUGCCGUCUGCUGUUCAGCUGAGGUCGGAGUUGAAAAUAAAUCCUCCUGUUUUGGUUGGCAAACAAUUUUCAAGCAGCCCCUCACAGACUGAUAAAGCAGCCCUCCUGAUACAUUCGGCUGAAAAUGCUCUCUCACUUAAACCUGACACUCGUGAAGCUGAAACUUCAAAACCAACUGAAAAACUCCCAGCACCGCAAAUUCCUGUCAUGUCAAGGUCCCUAAACACUCGUCUAAUUCCAGCACCAAGGCCAACGGCUCCUGUUGUUUCUGUGGUUCAAACAACCCCAUCAUUAUCACAUUCAGUAAGUGCAGGUGGCCGGUUGGGCCCUGAACUCUCAGCUGCAACCCAUAGUUAUAUACCUCAAUCCUACCGCAGUGCCAUAAUGGGUAACCCUGUCGCUGCAAGUACAGUUGCUUUAACUCAAGCUCCCUCUCCAAGUAUGGCAGCAAGCCCAUCACAGUCAUACUCACAACCACUAAAUUUGGUAUCUACACCAAUGUUUUUACCACAGAGCUCUGAGAGGACGAACUUAAACACAAUCAGGCCAAGCUUCUCAGUUGGAAUUGCAAAUCAUGAAGCUUCACAAAAUGGAUUCCAAUGGGUGGAAUGCCAUCAACCAGAUACCAGCAGAAGCAUCUACUCUGAUCAUUCUUCCCCACUUAAUGAUGUACAGAACUAUGAUUUGUACAAGCCUGUACAAAGUGCAUCACUUAAUCACUUCCCAACUGACUUUCCAGCUUGUUCAUCAGGACGUCAGAGGCAAGGGGUAGUGGCAGAUGAUUUUCCACACCUUGAUAACAUCAAUGACCUGCGUCAGAGCCAAGGUUUAGUGGCAGAUGAGUUUCCACACCUUGAUAUUAUCAAUGACCUGCUUGAUGAUGAACAUGGAAUUGGGAAGGUAGACCGGCCAAGCUCAGGCUUCAGAAGUUUCAGCAAUGGACCUCGCCAUCUAAACCGGCAGUACACUUUACCUGGCGAUAUUGGUUUUUCAAGUGACAUGGCCCCCUCUACCAGAUCUUGCAGGUUUGAGCGCACGCGAAGUUACCAUGAUGAAGGUUUCCAACGCGGCUAUGGCUCUUCCGGUGGCUACUUUGAUUCGAUGAGAGAGAUGAUUACCCAACCUAAUCAACGGCCUUAUGUGAAUGGACAGGUGGGAGAGCUAAUUCCAAACCAGUGGCAGAUGGCUGCUUCUGAUCUGUCCUCUCUUAGCUUGAGGCACAACGAGGGAGACAAUUCCGCAUAUCAUAUUCCGGAGUAUUCAAACCUUGCAUACCCUGUCAAUGGUUAUACUGUAUUCCAGCCCCCGAAUGGACAUUGAAAAAGUAAUAUGGCAGAGCUUGCCUGCGAAUUAGUUACUGGGCUAUUCUCUGUUUUAAUAAUGUAUGAGGCAAGUGUGGGUCUAGAUUUGGAGUGAGGUUGUAACCCUUUGAUACGAAACGAUUUGUAAAGUGGUUCUUACCUUUGUUUUUUCCA